AAGAAGAAGAGGCGCCCAUAUUUCCUCGCUUGUAGCCUGCUAGCUGGAGCCGGACUGACUGAAUAUCUGCUCCUGAAAUCUCCAUCUUUACCGUUUACUUAGCGAGUCCAGAUCCAGAAAGUUAGGUUUAAGGUAGUGAUCCUUGCACCUCGCCAGCAUGUCGGGGAUCAUCCGGGGCCCCGCGGGGAGCAACGACUGCCGCAUCUACGUGGGGAACCUGCCGCCCGACAUCCGCUCCAAAGACGUGGAGGAUUUGUUCUACAAGUACGGGGCCAUCCGGGACAUCGACCUGAAGAACCGCCGCGGCGGCCCGCCCUUCGCCUUCGUGCAGUUCGAGGACCCGAGGGAUGCUGAGGAUGCGGUUUACGGGCGGGACGGCUAUGAUUACGAUGGCUACCGGCUGCGUGUGGAGUUUCCCAGAAGUGGAAGAGGAGGAGGAGGCGGAGGUGGUGGUGGAGGCGGAGGAGGUGGUGGCGGUGGAGGAGGAGGAGGCGGUGGUGGCAUGGGACCCCCCAGGGGGAGGUACGGCCCCCCAUCUCGACGCUCCGAGAACAGGGUGAUUGUGUCAGGUCUUCCCCCCAGUGGGAGCUGGCAAGACUUAAAGGAUCACAUGCGAGAGGCAGGUGAUGUAUGUUAUGCUGAUGUGUACCGUGAUGGCACUGGCGUUGUGGAGUUUGUGCGCAAAGAAGAUAUGACUUACGCUGUGCGUAAAUUGGAUAACACCAAGUUUCGUUCUCAUGAGGGAGAGACGUCCUACAUCCGCGUGAAGACGGACGGCCCGCGCAGCCCCAGCUACGGCCGCUCUCGCUCCCGCAGUCGCAGCCGGAGCCGCAGCAAGAGCCGCAGCCGCAGCUUCUCGCCGCGCCGCAACAGAGGAUCCCCGCGCUACUCGCCGCGGCGCUCCCACACCCGCUCGCGGUCCCGCUCCCGCUCCUAGACCCCUGCUCGGACCCCGGGGGUCCCGGAGGACCGAGGACCGGCCCGCGUCUCUACACCGUCAUGUGUGUUCCCUCCUUCAACACCUUUUGUUGCAGUUUUUUUUGUUCUCAUUUUUGCAGACCUUAAGAAUAUCGAUACCGGUUUGGCUUGUUUUCUUCCUCACGCUCCUUUUUCAUAAAACAAGAAAAAAACAAGAAAAAAUACCCCCUAUGUUUCUAUUCUCUACUUUCAUCUUCCUCUCAUUUGUGUAACUCUUUUUCCUCCUGGCUGCUCUCGUUGAAUGCUUUUUUUGUUUUUUUUUCUUCUCUCAAGCAUAUACAACUGUCCUUUGACCUUCUCGUGUGUUUCUCUAUAGAGUUCAGAGGAACAGGAAAUAGGAUGGGAAGAGAGGAAACAGUUCAUGUUAAGAUAAACAGGAGGAGGAGGAUUCAAAUGUGGCACCAAUGGUAUGACGGCCGUGCCUUGUCAACUGUGAAAUCUGCAUUAUAAGGCUCUUGUGAAUUCUUUUUAAACCAUUCACUUUACCAUAGUGUUACUGAACAAUAUAGUAAAACCACAUACUCGGAGAUCCUUAGCUUUUUCUUUUUUAUUUCUUUUUUUAAAUGACCUCAUCACAGUAACUUUGGGCUUUAACUAAUAAAUAGACCGUGUCCCUUUUGUCUGGAAGUAAAACUCCCUCCUAGCUGCAUUUCUUUGACAUUUUGUUUUAAUAAUUUUCAUGAAGGUGUGAUUCUAACUCGCCUCCUUCUCUUUGGUUCUUGCUGGUAUUCUGAAGGUGUGGACUGGGCUCAAUGUCUCCCCAUUCCGGAGCUGGAUCAGAUAAGGAUCAGGAUAUUGAUUAGGCUUCAGGAUGGAUACAUGGAGCAGAACCCCUGGCCCUGUCCGCAAAACCUCAGCAAACCGGAAACAUUGUAGUUGGAUAAUCAGACUCAAUUGGCUUUCGAAUUCACAAUUUAUUUCCUUUUAAUUUUUUUUGGACCUGAAAGACGAGGUUACCGAUGGCGCAGCGGCAACGCCAUCGUUUCAGUUUCCUUUUUUCCCUUUUUUUUUUUUUUUUUUUUUUUGUUCUGAAAAACAAACCAAAACGAAAAAAGAAGAGCAAAGCUUGGAUCAGAUCCAGGACGAGGGCUGGGAAGUUCAGGAUGGAUCCACACGUGAGGAGAGUGGUAAAUAGCGGGAAUCUGUGACGGGGCAGAGGGAGGCUGGGAGGCGGAGAGGGAUGUGACCUUCACGUGGUUUGUAACUCUUCUCUUAGGUCCGUCUUUUCAAGGGUGUAUGAUUUCGGAUUUUCUCGACUAUAAUCUUCACAUCAAAGCUUUAUUCUCUUUUAAUAAAACAUUCGACAACAUUAAA